AUGAAUAUUUCCAACAUGGCAUUAAACAACAGCUUCACCAACCACUCCUUCAACUGUAUGAUUGACAGCUUCAAGCAAGUAAUUUAUCCCAUCAUGUAUCUCUUCAUCUUCUUCCAGGGUACUGUUGGAAAUGGCCUCUCCAUUUAUGUUUUCUUCCAGCCUUCAAAGAGGAAGACCUCAGCAAACAUUUACAUGUAGAACUUGGCUGUUUCAGAUCUCAUGUUUGUAAGUACUUUGUCUUUUGGGGCCACAUAUUUACUGUUGGGAUCAGAUUGGAUAUUUGGUGAUAUCAUCUGCAGGAUUAUGAUUUACACUCUGUAUAUGAACAUGUACUGAAGCAUUUAUUUCCUCAGUGUGCUCAGCAUGGUUUGUUUCAUAGCCAUUGCCUACCCAUUCAAACACUGGAAAAUAACCAUGAAGCGUGGCAGGAUUUUGUGUGCUGCCAUAUGGAUCUUGGUGCUGGCAGCCUCCAGCCCUCUGUUAAGCAAAGGAGUCACUGGGUACAGAAGCCAAGCCAAGUGCUUGGACCUCCACCCUUCCAGAAAAUCCAAGCUCCUCAUGAUGAACAGCUUUAUUCUUGUCAUUGGUCUCAUUCUGCCAUUUUGCAUACUUAUAGUCUGUUACAUUUUUGCAAUCAAAGCACUGCUCAGGUCCAUGACUCUGCAGCACAAGGAGGCAGCCUGUCACAAGAAGGCACUGCCAACAAUCAUCAUCUCUCUCAUCCUCUUCCUCAUCUGUUUCCUGCCCUAUCAUGGACUCCAAACCACCCACCUGAUGCAUGGCAGCUGCAGCCAGGCCAACCUACCCUUGCACAAAGCACUGGUGGCUGCGUUCUGCCUUGCUGCCACCAACAGCUGCCUUGAUCCUGUCUUCUACUACUUUACUGCUGAAAUUUUCAACGCGAGCAUCUGA